GGCCAUCCAUUAACACCCUAAAGUUAGACGCAACACAGACAUCUUCGGAACGAUCUUAUUUACAAUAUUUCAAAUUGGGGGUUUAGAACCCCCAUCAGAGAAUACGAAAAAUAGUGCGUAUAGUGUAGUUAAGCCAAAGAAUUUAUAAAAAUGGUUGAAGAAGGACCUGAAAUAAAAGCGAUCGAAGGGGUUACGUCACCGGCGGUAUUCGGAUUAUGUUUGGCAGGUGGAAUAUUUGUUUUAUGCGUGGCGGCCGUUACGUGCUAUUGUUAUCGCGUGAGGAGACUACAUAACAGUAAAAGGCAUGGACCCGAUCAACCUUUGGCCUUCCACAGUCAUAGAAGGCCGACCGCCGUUAAAAGUCCGGCGGGUGGAAGUACAACUCAUUAUCUCAAGAAAAGUCCCAGCCCUACUAAUCCCUCGCGAACGCCACCAAAUAUGUCUGGUGCCAACACGCCGAGUCCGAUUGGAAACGAUGGAACAAUCGAAACGUCAAAUGCAAACGAAAGAACAGAAUCUCCAGCCGUUCGAGAUGUUUACACCACCGAGUGCGAAUCACACACUCCAAGUAAGGAAGAAAUCGAAACCAACGAAAAGAAUUUACAACAAAACGCCUCUUAUUUGGGACAACUCGUAUUUAAACUGAGAUACAAGCACGAUAAGAAUGCGCUAAUAGUCUCCGUUGUACGUUGCCGAGACUUACCGGCCAAGGAUCCCAAUUUGGGCUCAAGCGAUCCCUACGUUAAGCUUCAGUUAUUGCCCGACAAACAACAUAAGGUGAAAACACGCGUUCUUCGCAAGACAUGCAAUCCAGUAUACGACGAAGACUUCACGUUUUACGGCAUCAACUUCAAUCAACUUCCAAGCAUCACCCUUCACUUUGUCGUACUCAGCUUCGACCGUUACUCGAGAGAUGACAUAAUUGGAGAGGUCUUCUGCGCGCUGAACGCCGUCGACAUUAACCAAGCCGAAAAUCAGCAAAUAGCGUUGUGUCGCGAAAUACAGCCUAGAAGCUUAAAGAUACGUUCGCAAGGACGCGGGGAGUUACUGGUUUCCUUAUGUUGGCAACCAGCUGCAAAUCGUCUGACAGUGGUCGUGUUGAAAGCACGUAACCUUCCAAAGAUGGAUGUCACCGGAUUAGCGGAUCCUUAUGUAAAAAUGUAUUUGUUAUACAACGGACAGCGCAUAGCAAAAAAGAAAACGCACGUCAAAAAACGAACGUUAAGUCCCGUAUUUAACGAGAGCUUCGUUUUUGAUAUACCGGCAGGAGGUGAAGGUUUAGAAAAUGUCAAUUUGGAAUUCCUUCUUCUUGAUUGGGAUCGUGUCACUAAAAACGAGGUGAUUGGACGAUUGGAACUUGGCGGGCCGAAAUGUGCCGGUUCGGCUCUACACCAUUGGAACGAAGUAUGUAACUCACCUCGUCGCCAGAUUGCCGAUUGGCAUAAGCUUCGUGAGUAACCUACCGCAAUAUUGCAAAAUGAGUCGGUCCGUCAUUGUUAAUAUCAACUAGCAUCACCUAAAAGCAUAUUAUAUAUUUUUGAGUUGCGCACGUCUUUCAACUAUCAUUUCUAAUCGUAUUCAAAAAGGACCGAAAAAUACUCAUAAAAAUAGAUCAACUAGACUGUUUGUUGUAAUUGUAUCCGUAGAUAAGAUUGCUUCAAAAAUAUUUUAUGUUACUUAUACCUAUUGAAAGUUAUAGCUGAAUGUAAAUAUAAAUGUUUAUAAGUACAACGUAGGGUAAGGAUUUGUGUAUGGGCUUAAAGCAAAUUUAUACUUGUACCCUUCAUUCCGGUUUAUUUACCUCUGUUCAAACUUAAAUUUUAUUGUAAAUAUAAAGGUUAAUCUUAGUACUAUGCUUUGUAUAUAAAAAAGGGAACGAUGCGCGCUUUAUUUUAGUUGAUGCUCCUCUACCUUCACUCUUGCAACCCUUGACCUGAUGCAGAAGAUUAAAGGAACAUAGUCUCACGUUACCCGGUUUUUUGGCUUUAGUAGAUAAGCACCAACUAAUGCAGGUUUAACUAGCUAAGAAGCAGAGAAUGGCUCUGCCGAAAUGGUUUGUGAUAUAGGUUUAAGCAACAAAAAAAUCAGUACCAAUAAUUUUAAUGCUGCAAGCUAUUAACCAAUGUUUAUUUCUAAUUUUCGAACGGAAGAACGUAGACAAUUAUUGUAUCGGUGUAAGAUGACAUACACAAAUUUGUAAUUUCGUACUUACUUUCUUCACACCCUGCAAGGUAAUCCAACAAAGACAAAUCCGUCAAAUUGUUAUUAUACAAGUUUGAGAUCUGCGCUUAAUUACCUGAUCUCGUGUAGCUUACAGAAUGAAUACGCCAAGACUGUCCUUUCCAUUAAUAACACUCAUUAGUGUUAUGUGUAGAAAUAGACAAAGGAACAUCUAUCGUUUUUUUCUUGUAUUGAUUAGUAUGGUACGUUUUAGGAUAGGUCCGUCAGCUAAAACUCUAGUUUUUUCUAACUUAGUAAUAAAGGCUUUUUUUGUAAAUAUUACGUUUGUCUUGUAUUUACGCACAUCACUUUAGUGUUGAAUUAUAGUUUUGUGUAACUCUGCAACACAACGAAGAUAAUAUACAACAAAAUGUAGUGAACAAGUACACACCAAAUGCACAUAUCUAUACCUAAUGUCAUCAGAUUUUGCUUCCAUUUUAAUUGAGCUGUUUGUUACAAGGCAGGUGUAAUAUUUUCUACUGUGCAAGUAGAUCUUAGAUUGAGGAUAGAUUAAGCAGCGACCACAUUCAAAAAUUGAGACAAAUAACUUGUAUAUCAUUUGACGUGUGUUAAUCAAUAAAUUCCUUAAACAUUG